GGGAGCGGCGGCGGCGGGAAGACACCGCGAGGAUGUGAGGUGUCGAGUCUGGUUCUGAGAGAGGAAGACUUCACUCUGAAUUGAGAAGAGGUUUUGCGAUCGCUCAAUCCGCGGCUGUUUGUGGGGACGCUGCUGUGAUUGGGUAGCGUGAGACCAUGGCGGAAGCUCAUCAGGCCGUGGCAUUUCAGUUCACUGUCACUCCAGAGGGCAUCGACCUCCAGCUCAGUCACCAGGCAUUAAAAGAGAUCUACCUCUCGGGGGUCCGAGCUUGGAAGAAGAGAUGUGCCAGAAUCAGGAACAAUAUUGUGACAGGAGUGUACCCUGCCAGCCCGUCCAGCUGGCUGUUUGUGGCCUUGACUGUUGUCGGCACAAUGUACACCCGGGUAGAUCCCUCAAUGGGAAUGAUCGGCAAGAUUAAGGAACACCUCCCCGUAAAGAGAUGCCUGUCACACCAGGGGCAAAACAUCAUGAGUGCGUUACUGUUUGCCACGGUACUCUGGCUGGCGUUGAUCUACAUGAUGAGACAGAUUCUCAAGACUCUGCUCUCCUACCACGGCUGGAUGUUUGAGGAGCAUGGCAAAGCGUCCAACAUGACCAGAAUCUGGUUUACUAUGGUGAAGAUCUUUUCAGGGCGUAAACCCAUGCUGUACAGCUUCCAGGCCUCUCUCCCUCGACUUCCCGUCCCUACCAUCCAAGACACCAUGCAGAGGUAUUUGGAAUCGGUGAGGCCCCUGAUGAACGACGAGGAAUUCCACCGAAUGGAAGCCCUGGCCAAGGACUUUGAGGUGAAACUAGGCCCCCGGUUGCAGUGGUACCUGAAGCUGAAGUCGUGGUGGGCUACCAACUACGUGAGCGACUGGUGGGAAGAAUACGUCUAUCUGCGAGGGCGGGAGCCGAUCAUGGUCAACAGCAACUAUUAUGCCAUGGACUUCUUGUACGUGACCCCGACUCCAAUUCAGGCCGCCCGGGCCGGGAAUCUGACCCACGCUCUCCUGCUGUACAGGCGUAAGCUCACCCGAGAGGAAAUCAAACCGAGUACACUGCCAGGGUUGCCAGUACCUCUGUGCUCCUCACAGUGGGAAAGAAUGUUCAACUCAACUCGGACGCCAGGGCAGGAGACAGACCACUUGCAGCACCAGACGGACAGCAAGCACAUCGUGGUGUAUCACAAGGGCCGUUACUUCAAGGUGUGGGUGUAUCAAGGCGGCCGGCUUCUCAGGCCUCGCGAGCUGGAGGUUCAGUUCCAGCGCAUUCUCGCCGACACCUCUCUCCCUCAGCCCGGCGAGGAGCACCUCGCUGCGCUCACUGCAGGAAACAGAAUUCCCUGGGGAAAGGCGCGGAAAUCGUUCUUCAGCAACGGGAAGAACAGGUCCUCGCUGGACUGCGUGGAGAAGGCGGCUUUCUUCCUGACUCUGGACGGCGAUAAACCGGGGCUGCAGGUCGAGGACCCUGUAAAAUCACUGGACGCCUACGCCAAGUUACUGCUGCACGGCAAGUGCUACGACAGGUGGUUCGAUAAGUCGUUCACUUUGAUCGUCUUCGAGAACGGCAAAGUGGGGUUGAACGCCGAGCAUUCCUGGGCUGAUGCGCCCAUCAUAGGACACCUCUGGGAGUACGUGUUGGCUACAGACAGCUUCCAGCUGGGCUACAAUGACCAAGGCCACUGUAAAGGGGAUGCGGAGAGCACCGUUCUGUCCCCACAGAGGCUUCAAUGGGACAUCCCAGAGGCGUGUCAGGAAGUCAUCUCGGGUUCGCUGAAGGUGGCGCAGUCCCUGGCCAACGAUGUGGAUUUCCACACCUUCCCCUUCACCAAGUUCGGCAAAGGUUUGAUUAAGAAAUGCCGCACAAGCCCCGAUGCCUUCAUCCAGCUCGCCCUGCAGCUCGCCAACUUCAGGGACAAAGGGAAAUUCUGCCUGACGUACGAAUCCUCCAUGACUCGGCUGUUCCGAGAGGGGAGGACGGAGACUGUCCGCUCGUGCACCAUCCAAUCCUCCAACUUCGUCAGGGCCAUGGAGGACCACUUAUCGGCCAGCGAAUGCCUGAAGCUCUUCCACCUCGCUGCCAAAACUCACCAGCACAUAAGCCGCCUUUCCAUGGCCGGGUGCGGGAUCGAUCGACAUCUCUUCUGCCUCUACGUGGUUUCCAAGUACCUGGGAGUUCACUCGCCAUUCCUGCAGGAGGUACUUUCAGAGCCCUGGAGCCUCUCCACGAGCCAGACACCGUUACAACAGGUUGAACUGUUUGACCUCUUGAACCAUCCGGAAUACAUCUCCUGUGGAGGUGGAUUUGGCCCUGUGGCAGAUGAUGGUUAUGGUGUCUCCUACUUCAUCGUGGGAGAAAACCUCAUCAAUUUUCACAUCUCCUGCAAAGUCUCCAGUCAAUACACGGACGCUCAUCGUUUCGGGAAACACAUUGUGGAGGCACUGAUGGACAUCCUGGCUCUCUUCAAACUGGAUGAAAAGUCCCACAAGUAGUCCUUCCGACGAAUGUGCCCGACACGGAAGCCGAGGGAAGGGGGAGAAGAAAACACAGUGCACUCGGAAGUCCGGCACGCACACGAGGCGAUGAAAAUGUCUCGCUUGUUCCCGCCAGCGCGCGUGUGUGAAGGACCUCAGGUGCCAACGCACUUGUUUUGUUAGGUUUUUUUUGUUUGUUUGUCUGUUUUUCUCCUGUCUCGUUUCGUCAGCGUUUUGAUAUUUAUUGAUUUGCGCUUGUGUGUGGGGGCCGGUUUUAAAUUAAAAAGGAAAAAAGCGAGAGAGAGAGAGAGAGAGAGAGAG